AUGGGGUAUAGAGAUCCAGCAGUGCCUGCAGUUUACAUAUUUGGGGACUCAACUUUUGAUGUUGGUACCAACAAUUUCUUGAAUGAUACAAAGUCAAAGGCUGAUAUGCCAUUUUAUGGGAUUGAUUAUUCUCCUUCUCACUCCAAGCCUACUGGAAGGUUUAGCAAUGGUUAUAACACUGCUGAUUGCAUUGUGCAAUUACUAGGAUUCAAGGAGAGUCCACCGCCAUUUCUGUAUCUUGUACAAAAUGAUACAGAAGAUUUCAACACCCAAAUCCUUAAGGGAGUCAAUUUUGCUGGAGGAGGAGCAGGGAUUCUCCACCACACUGGAAAACAACGCUUUGGGAGGGUUAUAUCCAUGGAAGAACAAAUUCAACAAUUCUCAAGUGUUGGGGACAAUAUGACACGGUAUCUAAACGAAAGUGCCGCAAAAGGUAUAAUCAACAAAUCCCUAAUCCUUAUAAGUGUGGGAAGCAACGACAUAAAUGAAUUCUUGAUGUUCAAUGUAAGCAACUCCAGCAGCCUCAUCCAACAACUGCAACAAUUCUUGCCGGACUUGAUCGCUAGCUACCAAGCUCAUCUCACGAAUUUAAUAAGUCUCGGAGCCAGAAAAUUUGGCAUACUAGGUCUUGCUCCUCUUGGUUCUGUCCCAGACGUGCGUGGAAGUUAUGGUGGAAACUCUUCGAAUGAAAUCAAUGCUGUUGCUGAACUCUUCAACUAUGGAUUGUAUUAUAUGCUGCUAGAUUUGAACUCAUCAAAGUUUCCUGAAUUUAAGUUUUCCUUUGGAAACACAUAUUCAAUUACCACUGGAAUGAUAAACAAUCCUGCAUCACUUGGUAAACAUGCAUCUGCUUCUAGCUAAUUCAAUAUAAAUAGUGAAUUUAUUUAUUUUUUUAAUUCUUUACAAAUUAUGAAUGGGGGAAUUGGAAUACAAUUAAUAAUGUCGGUACAAAGUUUUGGGCUGACAAAAUUACCUUUGUUUCAAGGGUUUUAUGUGUCAGGGAAUUUGCUAAGAUUAUUGUUAUAAUGGAAAUUAAAGUUUCAAAGUUUAUUAUAAUUAUUCUACCUAUUUCAAAAAAAUUGUAAGUAAGCACAUAUUAAAAAAGAAAGUAAUAAAUGAAUUUUG